AUGGAACCACAGAAUCUGACAGGUAUCUUGGAAUUCCAACUCCUGGGUCUCUCAGAUGAUCCAGAAUUGCAGCCCCUCUUCUUUGGGAUAUUCCUUCCUAUGUACCUGAUAACCUUGCUUGGAAAUCUGCUCAUCAUCUUGGCCAUCAGCUCUGACUCGCAUCUCCACACUCCCAUGUACUUCUUCCAUUCCAACCUGUCCUUGGCUGACAUUGGCUUCAGUAGCAGUAUAAUCCCCACAAUACUGGUGAAUGUACACACACACCCAAAAUCUAUCACCUAUGCAGACUGCCUCACUCAGGUGUCCUGUUUCUCUCUUUUUGGUUGCUUGGACAGUAUAGUCUUGUCCUUGAUGGCUUAUGACCAAGUAGUGGCCAUUUGUCACCCUUUACACUAUCCAGUCAUCAUGAACCCCUACCUUUGUGGCUGGUUGUUUCUGGUGUCAUUUUUCAUCAGUCUUUUGGACUCCCUCAUGCACUGCUUGAUGGUAUCACAGCUUACCUUCUGCACAGAUGUGGAAAUUCCUCAUUUCUUCUGUGACCUUCCUCAACUCUUUAAGCUUGCUUGUGAUUAUAUCUCUACAAAUAGCAUAUUAAUCUAUGUUAUUGGUGCAAUCUUUGGUGGUGUUCCUGUCUCAGGAAUUUUUUACUCUUAUAUAAGAAUUGUUUCCUCCAUUCUGAGAGUCCCAUCAACAAGUGGGAAGUAUAAAGCCUUUUCCACUUGUGGCUCUCACCUGUCAGUUGUAUGUUUAUUUUAUGGAACAGGCAUGGGAGAAUAUUUCAGUUCAGUGGUCUCAAAUGCCCCUAGGAAGAUUAUGAUAGCUUCAAUGAUGUACAUCAUGGUCACACUCAUGCUGAACCCCUUUGUCUACAGUUUGAGGAACAAGGACAUCAAGCAGGCCCUUUGGAGGCUUCUCAGCAAAACAGCUUAUCAUGAAUACAUGGGCCACAUAUUUUUGGUCUGUGGAUUAGAAAAGAUGGAAAUCGAAGCAUCUAGAAUUGAAAACCAGGCCUCUUUGGCCAAACAGGUUUUUGUAGGUCUUAAACUUUUUAUUACUUUGAUGCUUCAUAUCUGA